GCUGGGGCCGGGAGGUGUGAGGACGGGGCCUAUCCGGAGGCAGGACUUGGCGGCUGGGGGCGGGGACUACAGGGAGGCGGUGCCGGCGGGGGCGGGGCCGAGCUCGCCUUCUCUUAGGGACCCGGCGCUCGUCGCCCUCAGUCCGGCUCAGCUGGGGCUGGGCGCCGUGGGUCUGGCGGUGAGGUAGCGGUCCCAGCGUCUGUCCCGCCGGCCGGGCGGUCGCAGUACAGCCGCAGGAAGGUGUCGGAGGGCGGUUCCGCCGCGCGGCGGGCGCGCCGCCCACAUGGCGGCCAUCAGGGCGCUGCAGCAGUGGUGCCGGCAGCAGUGCGAGGGCUACCGCGACGUGAACAUCUGCAACAUGACUACGUCGUUCCGCGACGGCCUGGCCUUCUGCGCCAUCCUGCACCGCCACCGGCCCGACCUCAUAAACUUCAAUGCUCUCAAGAAGGAAAACAUUUAUGAAAACAAUAAACUGGCCUUCCGCGUGGCCGAGGAGCACCUGGGCAUCCCAGCCUUGCUGGAUGCCGAGGACAUGGUGGCCCUGAAGGUGCCUGACCGGCUGAGCAUCCUGACCUACGUGUCCCAGUAUUACAACUGCUUCCACGGCCGCUCCCCCAUUGGGGGCAUGGCAGGUGUGAAGAGGGCCUCGGAGGACUCUGAGGAGGAGCGGUCAGGGAAGAAGGCUCCAGUCCAGGCGGCCAGGCUGCCCUCACCCGCCCCAGCCCGGAAGCCUCCACUAUCUCCAGCCCAGACAAACCCUGUGGUCCAGAGGAGGAAUGAGGGUGCAGAGGGCCCGCCCCCCAAGACUGACCAGACGUUGGCGGGCAGCUUGGUCAGCAGCACCUGCGGGGUCUGCGGCAAGCACGUGCACCUGGUACAGCGGCACCUGGCCGACGGGAGGCUCUACCACCGGAGCUGCUUCAGGUGUAAGCAGUGCUCCUGCACGCUGCACUCGGGGGCCUACAGGGCCACAGGAGAGCCGGGCGCCUUCAUCUGCACCACCCACCUCCCCGCAGCCACGUCUGCAAGCCCCAAGUUGCCGGGUCUGGUCCCCCCACAGCCAGGGGCCACGGGUGUGGAUUCCAGGACCUCCUGUUCCCCACAGAAGGCCCAGGAGGUGAACAAGGCCAGGCCAUCGGCCUGGGAGCCUGCUGCGGGCAACUCGCCUGCCAGGGCUUCUGUUCCGGCUGCACCCAGCCCUCCAGCCACCAGCGCCGCGUCUGUCCACGUGAGGAGCCCAGCCAGGCCCUCUGAGAGCCGCCUGGCCCUCACUCCCACGGAGGGGAAAGUCCGCCCUCGUGUGACCAAUAGCUCCCCGAUGGGCUGGUCGUCAGCUGCUCAGUGCACAGCAGCGGCCGCCUCCCAUCCCGCUGUGCCCCCGAGUGCCCCAGACCCUCUCCUGGCCACACCCCAGGGCGGGGGAGUCCCCCGAGUGGCAGCUCCUCAAACCAUGCUCAGUUCAAGCUCCGCAUCUGCAGCCACGGUGGACCCCCCAGCCUGGACCCCGUCCGCCUCCAGGACCCAGCAGGCCCGGAAUAAGUUUUUCCAAACAUCAGCGGUGCUCCCCGGCACCAGCCUUGCUGGCAGGGGUCCCGCCCCGUCAGUUGCUCUAUCCAAGGACAGCAGCAAGGAGCAGGCGCGGAACUUCCUCAAGCAGACCCUCUCAGCGCUGGAAGAGGCUGGCGCUCUGACGCCUGGCAGGCCCUCCCCAGCCACUGCCCCUGUUCCCAGUUCUCAGCCCAAAACUGAAGCACCACAAGCAAGUCCCUUAGCCAAGCCGUCACAGUCCACGUCUCCCCGGGCGCUUGGCCUCCCUUUGAGGAUGGAACCGCCAGCCCCCCUGAGCACAAGCGGCACCUCUCAGGCAUCCGCGUUGCCCCCGGCAGGCAGGAAGAGCUUGGCCGAAUCCUCGGGGGUCGGCAGGGUGGGUGCUGGCUCCAGGCCAAAGCCAGAGGCCCCAGCGGCAAAGGGUAAAAGCACCACCUUAACGCAGGACAUGAGCGCCAGCCCCCAGGAAGGCCAGGAGGAUGGGCCGGCAGGAUGGAGAGCGAAUCUGAAGCCCGUGGACAGGAGAAGCCCAGCUGAGAGGACUCUGAAGCCCAAGGAACCACGGGCCCUGGCAGAGCCGAGGGCAGGGGAGGCCCCCAGGAAGGUCUCAGGCAGCUUUGCUGGGAGUGUCCACAUCACCCUGACCCCUGUGAGGCCUGACAGGACCCCGCACCCAGCCAGCCCAGGACCCAGCCUCCCAGCCAGGUCCCCCUCCCCACCCCGCCGCAGGAGACUGGCCGUCCCUGCCAGCCUCGACGUUUCUGACAACUGGCUUCGGCCGGAGCCCCCUGGCCAGGAAGCCCGAGUGCAGAGCUGGAAGGAAAAGAAGAAACCCCACCUUCAGGGCAAACCAGGGAGACCCUCUUCCCCGGCCAAUGUCCCUGCUCUGCCUGGCGAGACGGUGACCUCCCCAGUCAGGCUGCACCCCGACUACCUCUCCCCGGAGGAGAUACAGAGGCAGCUGCAGGACAUCGAGAGGCGGCUGGAUGCCCUGGAGCUCCGCGGCGUGGAGCUGGAGAAGCGACUGCGGGCGGCCGAGGGAGAUGACGCUGAGGAUAGCCUCAUGGUGGACUGGUUCUGGCUUAUUCACGAGAAGCAGCUUCUGCUGAGACAGGAGUCAGAGCUGAUGUACAAGUCCAAGGCCCAGCGUCUGGAGGAGCAGCAGCUGGACAUCGAGGGCGAGCUGCGCCGGCUCAUGGCCAAGCCUGAGGCUCUGAAGUCACUGCAGGAGCGGCGGCGGGAGCAGGAGCUGCUGGAGCGGUACGUGAGCACCGUGAACGACCGCAGUGACAUCGUGGACUCGCUGGACGAGGACCGGCUCCGGGAACAAGAGGAGGAUCAGAUGCUGCGGGACAUGAUUGAGAAGCUGGGCCUCCAGAGGAAGAAGUCCAAGUUCCGCUUGUCCAAGAUCUGGUCACCAAAAAGCAAAAGCAAAAGCAGCCCCUCCCAGUAGUAGCCAGUGGGGCCAUGGGCUCAGCCUGGACCCGGCAUCCGGACUUGGACCUGGGGACGUGGGCUCGGCCUGGACCCAGCAUCUGGACUUGGACUCAGGAAGGGCCUCCUGUCCCUACAAGGGGCAUGUGGACAGCAGGGACCUGCGCUACCGUCUGGCCUCAAUAAAGAAACGGACCACACGG